AUGAGUGAUCCUGAAGCCUUUCGAGCCACAAUGAACGAAUUUAAUGGUACAAUAUUCUUAAAUAUAUUUUAGUCCCAGGUCGCACUUUUAAUACAACUUAAAAGACUAAGUUCUUGUUCUGAAUCGGGCGGAGAAGAUGGAGGCAUCGGAGAUGAGCAUGUAUGCGGUAAAUGUCGACUAGAAUUUAUAGAUCUGUCUGACUUCUUACAUCACAAAAGAACAUGUACAAGGAAACGCUUAGUUCUUGUAGCUGGUGACGAUAGCUGUGAUGAACUUGGAGGCGAUGAGCAUAGCCCUCCAUCUUUGGACGGUAAGGAUGAUCCCGAGAAAUAUGGGAGAGAAAUUCCUGCUAUCCCAUAUCUCAUGUCCUUAUCGUAUGAUAAACCUUAUUUCCAGGAGACUUCCGUCACGCCUCCUUUCAUACACGAGAAAGGAUCCUACACGGAAUGCGAGGAUCAGCCUUUAGAUCUCGACAGCUAUGAAAAACUAGAUAAUUACGCAAACAGUCCGAAUGAAAACUUUGCAAACGAAACAAAACAGAAAGCAAAUGAACAAAGUUCCUUUGCAAACCCAUCGUCUCUACCUCAGUACCUCCUAAUGCAGCCUGUUCCUGAUACAAAUGUCACUUUACAAGCACUUCAAAAUACCAGAGUAGCAGUGGCUCAACAAGGAGCUGGAGUCACUAAUUUAUCACAUAUUGCUCUGCACACGGCCCUGUACACCUUGCAGCAGCAGCAGAUUAUUCAGCUUCACCAUGUUAUCCAACAGUUACAAAAUCAGUUAGUUGGUUCAGCAACUUCUGCUUCAAAUCCGUUAAUAUCUAAUACUCCCACAGUUGGAUCGCUAACAGGCUCAGCAGCACUUACACCACCACAAAGUACGGAUGGUAAUAAUGGAGGUGUUUUGGCAUUGACGACAACAGCUUCAUCAUUACGAACUCUCGAAAGCGUUACGCAAGCGCAAAAUUUAUCUAUUACCACUUGUACUACGACAACUUCGACAACAUGCAGAAGUUCAGCAUCAGCAGAAAAUGUAAUCACGAUGACACAAGCGCCACCACCUCCUCCCCCACACGAGCCAAAUACUUUGGAAUUAUUACAAAGACAUACAGAACAAGCUUUGCAAAACACAAUGGCAGGAAGCUCAUUUUUACUAAAUGGGUUAAGUGGUUUGGGUAACAGUUCUGACAUUUUACGGUUUUGCAAAAAGGGUGAUGCUAAAAGGGAAGGCAGCGAAGAGGCUUUCUUUCGCCACAGAUGUCGUUUUUGCGGCAAAGUUUUUGGUAGUGACAGUGCUCUUCAAAUUCAUAUAAGGUCUCACACUGGUGAAAGACCAUUCAAGUGUAACGUGUGUGGCAAUCGUUUUACAACCAAAGGUAACUUGAAAGUGCAUUUUGGAAGACACAAGGAAAAGUAUCCACAUAUAAAAAUGAAUCCACAUCCUGUUCCGUUACAUCUGGAUAAUCUACACCCUCCCUUAGAACCACCUGAAGCUUCAGAGACUCCACCAAUUAUUGCUCCAGGAUCUACUUGCCAAACAGUUGCAUUAAGCUUACAACCACCAAACUUAGUACCAGCUCAGCCAUUACCUUUAGUCACUCAUUGUCACGAUAAAGGAUUGCAGAGUCCAACAGACGCUACAAUUCACGAGACAGGUCGACAAUCAGAGGAUGUGCCGAUGCAUUUACAGCCUAGAAGUGUGUCCCCAAAUGAAGUGUCAAAUUUGUCCGAUGAAUCGGAAGGAUCAGUUGGAGAAGGAUAUGUCACUGAUGACAAUGGUAUAAAAGAUCCUGAUCAGUCACGUUACGAGGAAGAGAUAGAUAAUGAUGACGACAGUUUUUCCGCUUCCCCCAAAACCGAGCAAAAAGAAGCGUAUGACAAUGCCUUUGAUGAUACAAAAGCCUCUGCUUCGGAAAAUAAUGCUGUGAUGCGAACAGCUCCAUCCAUUCCUUCCUUCAUAAGCAGUUCAGCACCAACAUUCCCAAAUUUUUUCCACCCUUCAUUAUCACCAUCUUUCAGCAUGGCUCCUAUCUGUUAUCCGCCUUUGUCUACUCCUCCCUUAACAAGUACUCCAACAUCACGGCCAUCUGGAACUAACAGUGGUAAUAAUGAUGGCCCUGAACAAAUUGGUCCGUCUCCAGAUCCAAAUUUCUAUCAAGAUUUGUUACCUAAGCCUGGUUCAAAUGAUAAUACUUGGGAAAGCUUAAUGGAAGUAACGAAAACAUCGGAAACUUCGAAACUUCAACAAUUAGUUGAUAAUAUAGAACACAAACUAAGCGAUCCCAACCAAUGUGUAGUCUGCCAUCGAGUGUUAAGCUGCAAAAGUGCAUUACAAAUGCAUUAUCGCACACAUACAGGUGAACGGCCAUUUAAAUGCAAAAUCUGUAGUCGUGCUUUCACCACGAAAGGAAACCUGAAGACUCACAUGGGAGUUCACAGAGCAAAAGCACCUCUUAGAGUUUUACACCAGUGUCCAGUGUGUCAUAAGCAAUUCACAAAUUCAUUAGUUUUGCAACAACAUAUUAGAAUGCAUACUGGUGAUCCAACAGAUAUGCACCCUGAGCAAAUCAUGGCAAAUGAAGUGAGACAAGGUCAUCUUCUAGCUACCUCAUUCCCUCGGCCAAUGAUCCCAUCUCUAUUGCCAAAUUUUCCUUCACCUUCAUCUCUUCCAUCGCAUACCUCACCAGCAGCUCCACCGGCCAUUUGCCCAACGUCCAAAACUUCCGAUACAAGUUCAUUAACUCCAUCUCCAGUGCAUUCUUCAACUCCAACUGAAAGUGUAAUAAAAACUACUUCAAAGGCGAAAGAAAACCCAGUGAUUGAAGAACCUGCAUCUCCUGUAGUAACAGAAAGCUCUUCUCCUCCACCUUCUGCUAAAACAGAAAGAUGUGCGAGUCCUCAGCCUCUAAUUCGAAAUUCGAAUUCUUCACCAGAACCUACAUCUAUUUCAACUAGAGUCUCUUCGCCUAGCAUGGACAAGCCAAUUGUUACAACUGCUCCCUAUUCUCCUGCAUAUACAGCUUCCCUAGUAGCUUUAGAAAAUCAUGUUAAAGCAAUCAAUACUACCAUUCCACAACCUUUACCAUUUUCACCAUUUGGUAUGGGACUCACAAUGAGCGGUUUUCUAAGAUAUGAAGAUGCCGCUUUCAUGAAUCGAAAUCAAACAAAAGAAACCAACAGCGAUAAAUCUCCUGCUCCUAUCCAUUCAUAUUCACCAUCCCCAAAUACAAGUAGGGCUGGGUCUGAUGCAUCAGCUGAUGAAAGAUCAACACCCGGCUCGAUGGCAAAGUCAGAAUCUCCUGUCUCUGUUAAUGGAGCUCAAAUGCCUGUAUCUUCAGGUGUCAUUACUGGAAAAUCAGAAAGUGGUGCUUUAGAUCUGACUCCUAAAAAUUCAAUUUUAUCAAUUCCUCCAACAGUGCCAGAAAUUCAGCUUUUCCCUUCGCCGUUAGCAGGUCUGCCUUUCCCAACGACACCCGGAAGAUUAUCAACUACUUGUCGUAUUUGUUUCAAGACAUUUGCUUGUAACAGUGCAUUAGAAAUACAUUACCGUAGCCACACCAAAGAACGUCCGUUCAAGUGCAAUGUUUGUGACCGCGGAUUUACUACGAAAGGUAAUAUGAAGCAACAUUUAUUGACACAUAAAAGUAGAGACCUUCAGCCUUUAUUAUUUGCAUCUGCUGAUAAUUCUGUUCCUGAUAAUGAAACGAACUCUUCUACGAAUGUCAUAAGCCCGCGAACGUCCAGUCCUGUAACUUCUGUCGCUUCAGCUAACGAAUCGAAUUUGAGCCAAACGAGCAAUCCAAUUAACGAAAAGAAAGAACUUCCAUUAUCUACAGUUGGAACGAAUUCUUUGCCGAUCACUUCUUCAAGCGUUACUGCAAUUAUUACACCAGCGACCCAACUCGCACCUACAGUGCCCACAACUACCAUACCAAAGACUAUUAAAAACGAAAGUGACUCAGGUUCGAAAAGACCACUGUCCGAUCACAGCACAGGAGGACCAGUAAACAAAAAGAAUAUACCAAAGCAUUUCUGCCAUAUCUGUCAAAAACCAUUUUCAAGUGCUAGCGCAUUACAAAUACAUAACAGAACUCAUUCAGGAGAAAAACCUUUCAAAUGCGUAGUUUGUGGACGAGCAUUUACAACUAAAGGAAAUUUAAAAGUGCACAUGAACACACAUAUAGCGGAAAAUAGAGGGACUUCGCGACGUGGAAGGCGAAUGUCUCUAGAAUUUCAACCUCCACCUCUUACAGCUCAUGGAAAACCAGACUUCCCUCAUCACGCGCGACCUGACCUCUACUUCCCUUAUCUGCCCCCUGGAUAUAUGAACGGUAUCGCAGGACCUCCAAAAAUGAAUGAAAUAUCCGUCAUCCAAACGGCCGCAGGCAUCACAAACGGCAAUAUAACUACCCCCAGUUCCAUGAAUUUAACUCCUGCCGUUUCUAUGAUGACCCCAGUAAUGACGAUGGGCCAACAGCAACCCUUUAUCCGGAAACAAGCACAGCAUAACAUAGAUAAUGAUAAUACUGAUUAUGUAGAUCCGCGUUCUCCGGAUGAAGCUGAAAAUCUGAAGGUUCAACCAUCACCGAGUCGGCCCCCUGAGAGUGCUUCGCCAGUGCGUCCGUUAUUGUCACCUCCUACAGCGGAUAAAAUUGCCUCUUGGAGCUGGAAAACAGCCUGCAAUGUUUGUAGCAAGAUUUUUUCAUCAUCUUCCGAUUUAGAAAUGCAUCUAAAAUCUCAUUGCAAUCCUACAGUACAAGACACUGUCAGGUCCGUUUCACAAACUGCCAAGAACCUCGCCUCGUAGAUCUUUUUUCCUGCUUUUGUUUGAAAACAUUUUCCGACUGAAAUCAUUUUUCAUUAAACAGGAUGCUGAUUUCUUGCUUCUUUUUACGAUCCGUGCCAAGGAAAUGGCAAGGAAAAUUCACAUUUUGAAAUAGAGUAUGUCAAAACAAGAAGUCUGACUUCAAAUACAACGGGGAGCCUUUAAAAAUCCUAGACGUGUUUGGAAUUGAUAUACAUACGUUACUAUUAUCCCUCGCUUUUUUUUUCCACAUACACGUCCCGGAUGAUGAGCGGAUUAACUUCCCUUUCCGACCCUUCCUCCUGGUCUGCUAGGCACAUGACCGGGAACAUUGGUUCCUAUGAUAACUAGUCCAAAGGCUUGCACCCUGGUCUGCAUAUUUCAAACAUACAUAAAAGGGGAAAAAUAAACACUGUGACCUACGAAUAGAAGCUGUUAAUAUCUGUUUAGGUGGUAGCCAUUGUGCAGGGUACUCUGCUCCUUUGUUGUACUUAGUAUUAUUGCACAUUGAUGGGUGUCAAGUCAUGCCCAUUUGUUGGAACUAUUUAUGUACAAGUAGUAACCUAAUAUAAACUGCAAGGCAAUUUACACAACUGCGUGACUGUUAGUUAAAAUAUACUACGCUUCGUAUGUGUUAUCAUUUUUCUCCCUGUGUGAUUGUUAUAGUUUGUCUAAAAACAAACGUGGAAAAUCAUUAUCAUAACAAAUUAUCGUGAAAUGCUUAUGCAGUCAUGUUCAAAUUCUGAUUGCUUGCAAUAUAUUUCAUCUCACUGAUUGUUUUUAAAUUAUUGUACUUUUUUUGUGCUGUGAAAGGAGGUGUCUUUGCUUUUCUAUUUUGUAACUUUUGAGCAGUCAAUGUGGCAGAUUUGUUUCAUAACACAGUAUGAUACUUUAGAAUUAGAAUUUACAGAUAAAACCAUUUUCAAAACUAAACGAUCUCUGGUAAAUACAGAGCUAAGAUUUCAACAUUUUGCAAACUUAUAUGCAGUGAUUUCCACUCUUCCAUGGUCUCUUUACUGCAUUUUUAUAUAAAAUUUUGCCUAAAUUAUUUAAUCCCAUAAAAUAUCAUAUUCAUAAAGCAAUUAGAGUAAGUACAAUUUCUAUAACUAAAGAACAUUUUUGCGCCUGUACAGCGCGUUUAUGAAAGUCCUGAAGUAAUAGAGAAUAAAGACAACAUUCGCGUGAAAUCGAAAACCUUAGAUAUAAAUAUUUCACGUGCUUUGAUAUGAUUAUUGACGAAAUUGUUACCUACUUCAUUCAAAGAAACCCACUCUUUCAAAUAUCUCAUGAGUAAGGUUGAAAUAUUUCCGAGGUCGUAGCGAGUUAUUCCUGAGGUUCUAGACACUCUCCAUUAGGUUAAUUGGCACUUUUACUCUAAAACGCUGAAAUGCUUAUUAUGUUGCUAAUAUUCAAAUGAUUAGCAUUAAGUAUGUCACUUCUGGUGACUGAAAACAAAGAACCGCAGAUGAGGUUAAACGGAGUUCUUGAGAAAUGAGAUAGUUUUUGUAGAUAUCUAACCUCUGUUUAAUUAAUAGAGAUCCAGACCUUCAACGAAAUGCAUAAACUUAACUAAAUCCAUUCACUGUCACGGAUUUAUUUAUUAUCUUCGCUACGCAUUCAAUUGUGAGCUAUUUUGUGCCCCGGGCUCCGAUUUUUCUCUAAUAAACUAUUCUAUUAAAACUUUUAAGAAGCAUUCUUCAUGUAGCCGCCAUUCUACUUCUGCUAAAAUACACACCUUCUCUUUCGGUAAAUAUUUUUAUUGAGGUAGACAUUCACAUAACUCAAAUGAAACAAGCAAAAAAGUGUAAAUCAUGUUUCACCCCUGCAUCUGAAUUUCGAAAAGACUCAACAAUCGGACUAAUAAUUUCUCAUUCCUGCAAUUAAUAUUCCUUAUUGAAUUCUUUAAUCAUUUAAUUGUGUUAGUCAUAUAUUUGCAAGUAUAUGAAAAUACUAUAAUGAAAUAAUAAGCUCUUUUCUUGAAAAUAUAACUGAUGAGGAGAGUAAUAUACACAGCGGUUGCUUACAAAAACGCAUGUUAUUUCGAAGUCUUAUUUCCCAUUCAUAAAAUGCAUUCACAUAUUUAAGCAUUCCUGCAAUAAUUUUGAUGCCAAAACUUCUCAUAUCUUUAAAUCUUAUUGAAAUGUUACCAAAAGUGUUUGCUAUCUUUUUUUUUAUUAAGCUAUCAUUUACUCUUAAAUGAUGUAUGAAUCUAGCUGUUGUUAAAAGCAAAUAAUUGUUUCUCAGAAUUCUUCUUCCUUUUAUAUAUGGCACUUACUUCUUCAAUGGUGAACCAGAAAGAUUAUUGCAACGUCAUUUGUUGUAAAUAUAACAGCGGAUUACCCUUUUUCAUGUCUGUUACUGGAACUAAUAUAUCUUCAGAUUUAUAAACCUUUAGAAACUCAAGUCAAUAAAUUAUCAAGAAAGACGUCAUAAGAUUUCAUAUUAAAAGAGUAAUUAGAAAAUUGUUUUCCAAAAAAUUUUUUCUUAACGUUCUCCUAUUCCUCAGCGCGCAUUUUUUAAAUAUCAAACCUUUCAUCCAUUAAUAUUAACACACUGAAUACAGAACGUGAGAUAUUUGUAGAAACUUCAAUAUUUUACUCUCCUCAUCACAAAUGUGACGAAAAAAAAAAAAAAAAAAAAAAAAAAAAAUGUAAAUUUUCUCGUAAAGAUAAUAAUAUCCUGAAAUAAUUCUGCAAAAAAUAUUACUUUGCUGUUUUUAAAGUCUGGUUUCUUAUUUUGUUCAAAAUUAUUUGCUUUAGAGAAGUAUACUGAAGUAAACCUUAGACUAAAUUUAUGUAUUUCUUUUAAUUAAGUGAAUUGUUGUUAUCAUAUUUCUUAGUAUACAAACUCCAUAAAUGAAUGAAGGGAAUUCUUUAUAUAAAUAUACUUUUGUAAUCAAGCAGUGGCGUAAAACUGAAGAUACAUUAAGGUUUUAACACUUUUUUUGUGAACCUCAACUUUUGAAAAUUCAUUACUCCGUAACAGUUCACUUUUAAUAAACAUGUUUGAUCAUGAAAAUAAAAUUGUAAAGGAAGUGGUUUUAAUAUUUAUUAUUCCUGUCUGACCGCGUGCCUUUUGGAAAUGUCUUCCAAGAAGAUCUUUUGCAGCGUCAGAUCAUGAAAACUUAACCACAGGGUUAAGAGAAACCGAACGUUUUUUAACCAAGUCUUCCUUUUGUUGAAAGGCGGCUACGUUGUGUUUUAAUAAUAUGAUAUAUUUCCUGAUGUUUUGAUUACCUUUUACGCCACUGUUUGAGGAAAACAAUUUUUUAUGCUUAUGUUAUAUUGAAGUGAUUGUUUGAUACAUGAUAAACCAUGUGUUUUAAGUGACUUUUGUAAACAUGGGAUAUCAAUGCUGUAUAAAGAAAAGCGAGCCUAAGUAGAAGUCAAAGCCAAUAAUUGACAGCUUAAGCUUCGAUAGGCAAAAAAGGCAUUCGAUAUCAAAUUAUAGUUCAAAAAUUUGAUUUUUUUUCUUGAGAAGAUCUCAGAAGAUGUUUGAAUAAUUUCUGCAUUUCUUUAACAUUUAAAAUCUCAUCGAGUCAUAUAAUUAAAAUAGCUAAAGAAAAUAUUUCUUUUAUACUAUUUCUUUCUCAGAUGAACUUCGAGAGACAUCUGAAAAACGUUUGAAUUAAAUGAACUGAAAAUUUAAAAAUGGAAAUCAUUAUCAUUCUAGUUUGUUCUAUGUAUGCAUCUCCUAUAGAACAGCUGGAAAAUAAAGUAAUAUGCAUUUUCUUUGUGGAAAACAUCAAAUAUUUAUGUAGCUAAGAAGCUUAUAGUAAUUGAUCUGCUCUUCAACCUAUCAGUUAGAAACCAUUAAAUUGUGCAAGUAAAUGCACUAAUCAGUAUAAGCAAAUCUAAAUCCUGAAAUAUAAACAUUUUAACUGUAUUGCGAUAUUUUAUUUCAGUCUUUAACUGAGAAUCUCAGUUCAUUUUUAAAGAAUUUAUCCAAUUCAGAAAUUGGAAUUUAAAGUCCAAACUAGCGAACAUCUAUUACUUUCCACCUUAAAAAUUAUUUUAAAUGUUUAAAGAUCAUUAAGAAUGCUAUGGAAAUUAUGAAACACUUUUGCUUAUCAGUUCUAGUCCAUCAUAAAUAUAAACAUUCCUAAACGUUGUUUCUACUAAAGAUAACAAAAAAGCGUUUCUUAAAUAAGGCAUCCUGGAGAGGCGAAGAAACAAAUUCUUUAUCAAACUUCAAUUAUUAGCUUUGAUGACUUUUCUUAUAAGGCUUAGUUUUUCUUAUCAUAUCUCAUUUCUUCACCUGCUUUCAUCUCUCGAAUGUAAAAUGAAUUUAAACCAAAUCAAGUCUCAGGCUAUAACUCUGUUACGGUCUCAAAUGUAGCUGCUUCUAAUCUUCUAUAGUGAUGACACCAUUUAAGACUCCUGGUUAAGGUCCCCGUCUAAGUCUUUCAUUGCUUUUUUCAUUGAAAAGUUUCCAGUUUUUUCUCAAUUGUUAUCGGUCAUUUUAUUUUUAAGCUGUAUCUUUUGAUGUUUCUGUUUUUACAAUGACAGUAUUUUAUUGUCGGAGAAAUAUUUUUAUACACCAGAGUGUUUCCGUGGUAUUGGGCAAAACCAGGUGUUUGUAUUCCAUCGCCCAGUACUGCGGGCAUUCUCAAUUUGUUGUGUUCAUUUCUUGUACAUUUUAUUGCAAAUGGCCGAAUUUGUAACGGUAACUUUUUAUUUUUUCCUCUCUUUUGAGUGAGUACUAAAACUAUAAUCUUAUUUAACGAAUUUUGUAAUAUAAAACAUUUCAUUUAAAUGGAUUGUGAUCUUUAAUGUGAGAAUAAAUCUUUUCUUUAUUUUUAUUUUCUGCUAUAAUAUGCAGUGUGUAGGUCGUGAGCAGAGUAGACGAAAACUGAAUUAUAAUUAGUGCAAGGAAAUUGUUUUUCCUUUAAUUAAUAUAAAUAUGUUGAAAUGGCUCGACCUCUGCUCAUGCCUUUCCAGCCAAUGUUGGUCAGUCAGUGGAUUGGUUUUUGCAUUUCUGCAUAUUUGAAAUUAAUGAAUACUUUAUUUAGAAUAUAAGUAAAUGUCUCGAACAAUCUACAGAAGGCAGGAGACAAGUCAAAAAAGGCAUCGUGGAAAAUAAUUCAUGAAAAUGAUAAGAAAGCUGUGUCUUUUAAUGUUAAAUGGCAUUAUUCUCUCUGCGUUUAAAUUUUAAAUUUGUUUAAAAACCAUUUUAUAACUGUGUGUGUAUAUAUAUAUAUAUAUAUAUAUAUGUGUGUGUGUGUGUGUGUGUGUGUGUGUGUAUCUUCUUACGAACAGCAGAAAUCAUAGCCACAUCCUACUUACUGACUGUAUGUAUUUAAUUUUAAUCAUUUAUAGUUAAUCUUGAAGCUAUGAAUGUGUCUAUCGAAUGAUUUGGCAUGCAGUUUCUUUUUGCUGUUUUUUAGAAAUGUUUCAGUUUUGUAUUGUGUUUUAUUAUCUUCUCUAAAUAUUGCUGCAGUUGACUUAGGGCAAAAUGAAUUGCACCUUUCUUUCUUUUUCAAGUGGGCAAUAUUAUAAGAGAGAAACUAAGCAGUUCAUAUUUCAUGUGAAGCCGAAUAUUUUUCAUGCAUCUCCGUUAAUGCAAACUGAUCGAAAUUUGUAUCGCACGCAUCCGAAAAUGCGAUCUGUAAUCUAUUUGAUAGAAGUUAGUAUGGAUCAUAGGGAGAACAAAAAAAUGGGGGGAACAGAUGCAAUGGUGAUAACGACAACUGUGAUAUGUUCUUCCUCAUGUGUUGAUUAUAGCACAAAUGAUUCAGUAUAGCACGUAUUUUCGGGCAACUUCCCGAGCGAUCAUUCCACUGAUUCCGGGGAGCGUAACAACCGGGAGUCUUGAAGUCAUUUUUGUGCAGUAGAGCUGCGAAGCAGCUACAUUUCACAUCCCUUUAUCUAAUCUUGUACAUAAUGCGAAUAAACGAAAAUCGAGAAUCAUGUGUUUUAGAUCAGGUAUGUUUAGUGUGAAUACAAACUUUAGAAAAGUCUUGCGCCCGCGUGAUCUGUUAUUUUACUGUUUGUUUUCUCUUUUUAAUACUUCUUAUGAAUUAUUAUGUUCCAAUUCGGUGAUAAUGUUAGUUGUUUUGAUUGAAAAGUGGCCCCCACGUGUCCGUCGAUCUCUCCGCGAUUGCCCAGGAGAUUGCUAUUUUUGUAACAAUUGUAGUUUCGCUCGAGGGAUCGACAGGGACACUCAACAGGACAAUUGUAGCCCUCGUGAUCAAGGGCCAAACAUUUGGUGCAUGUCACUAUUAAAAAUCCUCAACAAAUUCA